CGUCAUCAGGAGGUGGGGUUGGUAAACAGCAAGCCCCCGCACAGCUUCAGUAAUUUUCUACAACGGAAAUCCGGUGGUUCGCAGAACCAGCACGCAAAGGGGACUUAUUAACCAGUCGGUGAGGCGGUCUCAGAUACACGGUGAGGCAGUGGGAGUUGGCAGGCGUUAUUUAAGGAAGGAGAGACUUGUUUUAAAAAGCCAAGGGUUGUCGCUGCCUUACACCAAAGAACGACAAGUCGAGAGACAGAGAGUACGAGCGAGACAAGCGGGAGAGGGAAAGAGGAGAGCUGAGGACAGGAAAAAACAGGCGGCGUUAGAAGACAGAAUGACGGUUACUCAGAGCGCGUUUUCUGUGACAAUGUUGGUCUUCGCAGCUCAUUUUUCCAUCUCCACAGCAUUUACAAGGACUUCACGAGCGGUGGUCUUAACAGGGGUGUGUAGCAUGGACGGUGACUGUGCCCUGGCACGCGGGGAGGGAUGGUGCUGCGCCCCGUGGAACCCAUGGACUGUCUACGAGGUGUCCGUCUGCAAACCGCCCGGAUCCAUCGGCUCACCCUGCCUGCCCUCCCGCACAGAGACCCGCUCGCAACGGCGGUCCCAACAACAAGCAGCCCUGGAGCGCAAAUUCUGGAGAUGUCCCUGCAAACACGGGCUCGUCUGCGUGCCGGAAAACGGCGGCCUGGUCGGGUCCUGUCAACCACCGGACUAUAUCGUUUGACUAGCCCUCCUCAGCAAAACGGCGGCAGAUUCCCCAGUCGACUACUCGUUGGGGGAAAGAGACGGGGAGCGCCGCUUUAGAUUUGAAAACACGACCUCGCUGUUUUCGGAUAGCUUGAUGCGGAGAUUUAGGUUACGAUUAACAGAAGCAUAUCGUGGAUAAAGAGUUUAAGGGAAGAAUUUCUCCAGAUCACUCAGGAUUGCACCCGUCCUUCACUUGCACUUUUGUUGUCACAACCAAUUGUUCGUAUGUAAAACGGAACCAUAGACUACUAGAGGAAAAGUCACAGACGAUGUAAUGUAGUUCUAAGGAAAACGAAAUUUUAUUGUUCGGAAUAUAUGUACAUGGAGAAUCGUACGGUAUGUCACGUUAGUUUUUAGACUAACACAUGGAUUUUCAUCUAUGAAAAAAAGAACAC